AUGGCGCAGGAGUACAAGCUGAAGGGCAUUACGUCCCUGGACCUCCAAAACGGCGAGAAGAAAGAAGUCGAGGUCGAAGGCAUUGAGAACGCCAAGGUCCUGCUCUCCAAGGUCCAGGACAAGGUGCACGCAACCAGCCCCAACUGCACUCAUUAUGGUGCUCCGCUGGUGAAGGGCGUCCUCACAACCGAGGGGAGGCUCACUUGCCCGUGGCACGGAGCUUGCUUCAAGGUCUCAACCGGCGACGUCGAGGACGCACCUGCUCUCGAUCCGCUCGCUACUUUUGAGAUCAUCCAGAAGGACGGGGCCGUCUACAUCAAGGGCGACGAGGCAACCAUCAAGGCUAACAGAAGGUCUCUUAACUUCAAGUGUUCCGCCCAAGGCUCGGAGAAGGUGCUGGUCAUUGGCGGCGGCAGCGGUACUCUCGGUGCCAUUGAGGGUCUUCGUGGGGGUGGUUUUACCGGUCACAUUACAGUCAUUUCCAAGGAAGGCUACAGGCCCAUUGACCGAACAAAGCUAUCCAAGGCGCUGUUGGCCGAUGUCUCAAAGGUUGCCUGGAGAUCAGAGCAGUGGUACAAGGAUGCCUCGAUAGAUAUCGUCUCUGAUGAGGCUUCCGCUGUCGACUUCGACGCCAAAAAGGUUUCCACCAAGUCUGGCAAGACGUACGACUAUACCAAGCUCAUCCUGGCGACCGGUGGCACUCCGAGGUGGCUUCCACUCAGCGGACUGAAGGGUGAUCUCGGCAACGUCUUCGUCCUGAGGUCCAUCCCUGAUGCGCAAAGCAUUGUCGAUGCUGUUGGCGAUAAUGGCAAGAAGAUCGUCGUUAUCGGUAGCUCCUUCAUCGGCAUGGAAGUUGCCAACUGCCUGGCUGGAAAGAAGAAUGACGUUACCGUCGUCGGCAUGGAGAAGGCACCCAUGGAGCGCGUCAUGGGCGAGAAGGUCGGCAAGAUCUUCCGGGGCCUGCUGGAGAAGAACGGCGUCAAGUUCCACAUGGAGGCAUCCGUCGACAAGGCCACACCAUCGAAAAGCGAUUCGUCCAAAGUUGGCGCUGUUCACCUGAAGGAUGGGACCGUUCUCGAGGCCGAUCUCGUGAUCGAAGGUGUCGGGGUCGCCCCUGCGACCGAGUACCUAAAGGGAAAUAAGGCCGUAGAACUCCUGAAGGACGGUUCCAUCAGCACAGACGAGACUUUCGCGGUCAAGGGCCUCAAUGAUGUGUUUGCGGUGGGAGACAUAGCCAGCUGGCCGUACAACGGACCGGGAGGCAAUGGAUCACCUGUGCGCAUCGAACACUGGAACGUCGCCCAGAACGCUGGGAAAACAGUGGCGGGCUCGAUCAAUAGCCCGGGAGCGAAGCCCAAGCCCUUCAUCCCUAUCUUCUGGUCGGCGCUGGGAAGUCAACUGAGGUACUGCGGCAAUACGGUGGGUGGGUACGACGACGUCGUCAUCCAGGGUGAGCCAGAGAAGCCGAGCUUUAUUGCAUAUUAUACCAAGGGAGAGACGGUUGUCGCAAUGGCCAGCAUGAUGAAGGACCCGUACAUGAGCCAGACCGCCGAGCUCAUGCGCAGGGGCAAGAUGCCCACCAAGAGUGAGCUGCUGAAGGGUGUCGACAUCCUCAACGUCACCAUCCCGGCAGAGAUCAAGAUUUGA